GGGGCUGGGGCUUUCGCGGCGCGAUGGCGGCGGCCUCGUCCAGCGCGGACAUGUUUAACGACAUCGUGAUGGCCGAGGAGAGGUUUCAUGGUGAGGGGUAUCAAGAGGGGUAUGCUGAAGGCAGCCAUAUCGGAGUUGUUGAGGGAAGAAGGUAUGGAUCGCUCCAUGGUGCCAAGAUUGGGUCUGAGAUUGGCUGCUACCUUGGGUUUGCACUGACAUGGCAGUGUCUGCUCCACAAAUGCACAGAUGAAAAGAACAGUAAAAAGAUAAAGGUUCUGGAUUCAUUAAUAGGGAUGAUUCAUAAAUUCCCUUAUGAAGACCCCACUUAUGAUAAGCUUCAAGAAGAUCUGGAAAAAAUCAGAGGAAAAUUUAAACAGGUUUGCUCAAUACUAAAUAUUCAAUCUGAUUUUAGAAUCAGUACUGAAAGAUCGUCACUAACAUUUUGAGUGUAACAGAUGAAGAUAAACAUGGAUGAACAAAGAAGAAAUAUUAAAAGAACACAUAACUGGGAAGUGGUUAUCUACUGCUACUUUAAACAAAAUGAAAACAGUGAACAGGUGCUAAACAUUAAAGAAGGAAGAGAAAAACACUGAGCUUUUAACAGUACUUCUGAUAUGUCCUUUUACAGUUGUUAUCUCCGGGUUUUAUAUAGGAUCACUGAAAUACCAGUGUGUAAACCUAUUAAAUAUCUGCUUUAAUUCCUCGCUAAUCUUGCACUGAUACGGAUUAAUCCUUAAGAGGAAAACGUUUUUUUGCAAUGUUUCCUUAUUUAAAGGAUGUGUAUUAUUUUAAAAGUCUGUAUAUGUAGUUCAGAUUACACCCUGUGUACAUAUUGUACUACACCAUGUGUACAGUAUCUAUUGCCUGUUAAGUUUACAUUAGUGAACAUCUUCAUGGGUAAAGUAUAGGAUUGUAAAUGGAAUAAGAAUAAAUAGGAGAGAGAAUAAGAUACUUGUUCUUAAAGUAGCUACAGCUGAAAACUUGAAAUUUGCUCUUUUUACUAGCUCUGCAGGCUGAUUCAGUAUGCAAAAACCUCAAACAGUUAAGAAUUGUAAGUGAUCAGUAAUAUAAACAUGACUGGCAGAAGAGCUGUGAUACUGAGCUAGUACCUUUUAUCUGGGAAUAGCUUAUUAUUUUCUAGGCUUGAAAGUAUGCUUGUUGGUCUCAUUCAAAAAAUGGAUGCUGUCAGUUUUAUUCAGAUAUAUUAGCUGAAGUGGAAAAAGUUAAGUCAUUUUACCUGAAAGAUAUUUUAUGUUGUGCUGUUAGAUGUCUUUGCACUCCAUUCACAAAUAGUUACAUAAUUGCAGAAGAUCUUUCAUCAAGCUGUAAUGUAGAUGUCUGGCCAGUCUACAUGGCAUAAUGUAGCUUCAUGAAGAGAGAUUUGACUAGCAUGGAUAUCAGAAGCUAUUCACAGGGUAAAUUAUCUCAGAUAAAGACAAUGUGCUAACAUGGCCGUAUCCUUGAAUAGCUCUAUUUUAUGUGAUCUAGACCUCAUUUCUAUUCUACUUGCACUGCUUUUUUAUUAUACAAAAAAAGUAAGCAACUCAAUUUUUUUAAAAAAUGUUCACUGGGCAUUUGCAUCUGGGAUUUGAAAGACAUACACAUUUUCUUCUUUAGCAUUUGUGAUCCAAAAAUUGCAGCAAAAUGUACGUUUUUAUUGAGCGUGCAUGUGCAUAUAUGUGUAUCACUUGAUUCUGAAAUCUUCUACUUUGUCUUCCCUGGAUAUAUCAAUGAGCAGAGACCUUUUUUAAUAACUAACUGCUGGUGUGCAUAGUUCUAAAAGAAGUCUUUUGUGUUUAAGUGUUCAAACAGUCUUGAUAUAUAGAGUUAGGGCCAUCUAGUGGAGGAGGUUGUAAUAUUGUGUAAGAAAUAGAUUGUAAGUAAUGCUUCCUGUAAGGGUGUACAAAUAUUUGUAUAGCUAGAAGCUGCCAAAAUAGAGAGUACAGAAUAUAUGUAUGCAUGAUUCAGCUCUUCUGAUUAUAUGAUAGGCUUCUUUGAAAUAAAGUAGUAUUAAGGUA